CGUUUGCCUUGACCUUUUGUACUUAACUAUAAGAACCGACAAAAUAAACAGAGAAGAGAACAGAGAAAACGAAAGAAACGCUUUAAACCCCCUCAAGAACACAUGAACUCUUCUCCUUCUUCUUCUUCUUCCCCUUCAAGUUUUCUUGAUUAUGGAUCUGCGAUCGGACAAAAAGAAGUAAAGAAAAUCCUGGUUUUGGUUCUAGGUUUAGCUGCUUGUCUUCUUCUUUACAAAACAGCUUAUCCUCUUCAUCAAGAGCUCGAUGUUAACAAUCUCAGCUCUCGUCCUUUGCUCGAUCACACCUCUUCGUCUUCUCCACUAACAAGAUCAAAAUCGAUCAGUUUUAGGGAAGUUCUGGAGAAUGCAUCAACAGAGAAUCGAACAGUUAUUGUAACAACGUUGAACCAAGCAUGGGCAGAGCCAAACUCUCUGUUCGAUCUAUUUCUUGAGAGUUUUCGUAUCGGACAAGGAACAAAGAAGUUACUUCAACAUGUGGUUGUGGUUUGCUUGGAUUCCAAGGCAUUUGCUCGCUGCUCACAACUUCACCCUAAUUGCUACUAUUUGAAAACCACAGGGACUGAUUUCUCCGGCGAGAAACUCUUUGCUACUCCUGAUUACCUCAAAAUGAUGUGGCGAAGAAUCGAGCUUCUCACACAAGUGCUAGAAAUGGGAUACAACUUCAUCUUCACGGAUGCGGAUAUAAUGUGGCUUCGAGAUCCAUUUCCUCGGCUGUAUCCUGAUGGAGAUUUUCAAAUGGCAUGUGAUCGAUUCUUCGGUGAUCCUCAUGACUCAGACAAUUGGGUAAACGGAGGAUUCACUUACGUGAAAUCAAACCACAGAAGCAUCGAGUUCUACAAAUUUUGGUACAAUUCUCGUCUUGAUUAUCCGAAGAUGCAUGACCAAGAUGUGUUCAACCAAAUCAAACACAAGGCUUUAGUCUCAGAGAUUGGAAUCCAAAUGAGAUUCUUUGAUACGGUUUACUUUGGUGGGUUUUGUCAAACGAGCAGAGACAUAAACUUGGUGUGUACCAUGCAUGCUAAUUGUUGUGUAGGAUUAGCGAAGAAGCUUCAUGAUCUUAAUCUUGUUCUUGAUGACUGGAGAAACUAUUUGUCUUUGUCUGAACCAGUUAAAAACACAACUUGGAGUGUUCCUAUGAAGUGUACAUGAUCUUAAAGACUCAGAUUUGGAAUAAAAUCAUUGUUAUGGGGAAGAUUUGUUA